AUGUAUCCUUACAACACCCACAGCAUCACCGAAUCAUCCAGCUCAAACGACGAUUCCCACCGCCACCUCAACGGCCGCCGCUUCCACGCCUCCGCCUCACCGGCGUACUACCUCCCCAACGACGACCUUGAAGCCGCCCGCCUCGACCUCCAGCACUACACCUGGAAACUCUCCUUGAACGGCCACCUCAGCAUCGCGCCCAUCGACCCCACCACCACGCAGCGCGUCCUCGACAUCGGCACCGGGACGGGCAUCUGGUGUAUCGAAGUCGCGAAAGCGCAUCCAGGUGUUGGAGUGAUUGGGACUGAUCUCUCGGUCAUCCAGCCCGAGACAAAACCGGGAAAUUGUAAGUUCUUGCAGGCGGAUGCGGAGGAGGAGUGGGUGUUCGAUGAGGGGAAGAAGUUUGAUUUCGUGCAUUCGAGGAUGUUGACGAUGGGGACGCACGAUUGGCGCAGGUACUUCGCGCAAUGCUGGGAGAAUCUCCAUCCAGGGGGCUGGAUCCAGACGGGCGAGACGCAGUUUCCUCAGAGGCGGGCUGAGGAGGAAGAGGACGAUCAGAGGCCUUCUGCUCUACUCCAAUGGGGCCAGCAUUGCUACGACGCCGCCGCCCAAGCCGGGAUCGACGCGCGGGCGUCGGAGGGUUUCGAGGAUUUGUUGAGGGCGCAGGGGUUUGUCAAUAUCAGCAAGUAUGAGCUGCAGUGGCCGAUUGGGACGUGGGCAGUGGGGAGGAAGGCGAAGGUGAUUGGGAGGUUGACGUUGGAGAAUAUGGGGAAGGCGGUGCCGGGGAUUGGGACGGGGUUGCUUGGUGGGAAGUUGGGGUGGAGGAGGGAGCAGGUGGAGGAGUUUUCAGAGAGGGUGAAGGUGGAUAUGGAGAGAGGGCGGAAUUUUGUUCCGAUGGUGAUUCAUGUGGCGCAGAAGCCGUUCGAGGCGUAG